UAUUAUUUUCUUUAUUAUUAUUAGCGGUGAGCGUAACCCGUCCAGGUCUGUGCCACGUCUAGUCUCCCAAGGAAGGAUUGUUUUCUCCAUUUUCCUCGUUAAACUCUAAAUAAGUCAACAGGAAACUUCACCAAUAACAACUUUAAGCUUCCUUCCUUUAAUCUGAGCCUGUGAGACGCCAGCCAUGCACAGCGCCGGCACCUUGGCCCUCACAGCGGCAUCCCUCCUCCUCCUCCACCUCGCCGCCUCCGCUUCCCUCCUCAAUGACCUGCACCCUGAGGACCACCUCGUGCCGCCCCCCAACACCCUCCUCAACAUCACCAUGGAGGGGGCGGCGCAGGACAAGGGCCCCCCCACACCCCCACCGAGCAUAACCAUAGGAAAACAGAAAACGGAGGGGAAAGCUGCCUCAUCCCUACCUCCAUCCCCUCCACCUCCACCACCCCCACCCCAGCCUGAUGCCAAGCCUAUGAGUUCCUCCUCAAUCACCCCAGAGAAGGCUAAUGAUAACCCUAGGGAAGGCAUGGAUGCUGCGGGCGAGGGCAGAUCACCUCCCUCAGCCGAAGACCUACCACGGGUGAACUCCAAGCCAGGAGAGAGUCAGCCCCCAGUAGUUGAAGGGGCUGAGGGUGGGGCUGUACCAGAGCCUGGGGGAGAGGCUGAGGCUGGGGUAGGAGCUGCGGAAGGGGCUGGGACAGGGGUAGAGAAUGCCAACAAUAGUGGGGGAAGGGAAGGGGAUGGAGGAGAAGAAACUGCGGAGGAAAAAGACGCAGAGAAAAAGGACGUUACCCCCGCCAGUAACCCCAAGCAGAACACCACACAAGGCGACACAAGCCCGAAGGUCCCCCCGCAGCCCCCACAAGCCCCCAGCUCAUCCCCGAUCCCGGAAAGGCCGCAAGAAAAAGCACCACCUGUUGUCUCAUCCUCCACCACAACCACCACCACCACCACCACGCCAGGGCAGGUCAUAAGGGUGGAGGACACUAACAUUAAGCCCCCGGAGACUGAGGAGGUGGGGAGAGGGGAUGAGGAGGAGGAGGAAGAGGAGGAUGAGGAAGGAGGUAUCGGGGAUUUUGGGUUGGAGGAUAUUGAGAGUGAGAUCAACCAGGAGUCACCACCGAGUCUUCUCCCGCAAGGCCCAGGAGCAGGAGGGGGAGAGAUGAUAGAGGGAGGCAAGUUCAGAGACGACGAGGGGUCCCACUUCUUCGCCUACUUCCUGACGGUGAUGGUGACGGCUAUCAUCUUCUACCUCGUCUUCCACAACAAACAGAGGAUCAUGGCGCUCAUCAUCGAGGGCCGCGCACCCAACUCCCGCCGCCGCCGCCGCAGCUCCUCCCGCGCCCGCUAUACCCGCCUCGACAACAACCUGGAGGAGGCGAUCACGGCCACACGCACGGAUAAGGUGGACCAUCGCGCCCUCUAGUGGGGGGGCAGGAGGGCGCUGAGGGUGUGGGGCCGGGGCUGGCGGGGCUGGCUAAGGAGGCUGCUGCUGCUGAAAGGGCUGUGAGGCUUCGGACGGGGCUGGGGAAGGCUGGAUUAGGGUUGGGUGUGAUUGUGGAGUUUUUGAAUGUGGUUCAGGAAGAAAUCACGGGAAAACACAAUCGUACCUCAUGCACCAAGGGCAGAAUGGCAACUGAGAUAUGGCCAUACAGCACUGUAGGUCUAACAGAUUUCCUUCCGCGACGCUAAUUAACCCCCCAUGCUGGGAUUCCGGACAACGCUGGUGAUCUAGGGUUAACCAUUUCCAAUAAUAAUAGAGGAGAAAAGUGUAAUAAAAAUGGGAAACUAAACAAAGCAAAGAAGAAAAUAAUGAAAGAAAUAAAAGAAAAAUGUGAAAAAGAGAAAACCAGACAAAACCCAGCAUUUCAGCCCUAACUUAACCAUUUCCAAUAAUAAUAGAAGAGAAAAACUUAAUAAAAAUGGGAAACUAAAAGUGAAGAAGAAAAUAAUGAAACCAGUAAAAGAAAAACAAGAAAAAUAGAAAAAUAGACAGAGAAAACCCAGCAUUUCAGCCCUAACUCAACCAUUUCCAAAUAAUAAAACCAAAAUUAUAACAGAUGAAGAAACUAGAAGAGAAAACCGUGAUAAAAAUCGGAAACUAAACAGAACGAAAAAAAUAACAAAACCAGUGAAAGAAAACGAGAAAAAAAGAAAACCAGACAGAGAAAACCCAGCAUUUCAGCCCUAACUCAACCAUUUCCAAUAAUUAAAACAAAACGAUAACAGAAAGAAGAAAAUAAAAGAGAAAAACGUAAAAAAAAUUUGGAAACUAAACA